AUGCACCCCCUGGGGCCUUUCGGAGCAGCACAACGCAACCCGGACGCUUCUCUCCCUGAGAGCAUCACCCGGGUAAAGCCUAUCAGCCGUGGGCACUCGUUAUUGGGCAGACUUCCAGAGUCUAGUUGCUACCCGAUGAGCGCAAGGCGGUCCGGGCGCUUCGGCCUAGUUGCAGCUGGCUGCGCCUGCUUUCAGACAACGUGGGAUAAGCCCAACACGGAGAUGGGUGCCGCCACAGCUGAGGUGGAAACCGCCAUGGCUGCCGAAGGCGCCGAAGCAGGGGAACAGGAUGGGCAGCCAGGGGCAAUGCAGCUGCUGCAGCCAGGGAUGGCGCUGGUGUCAGGCAGCGGGCUGCAGCAGUUUCCUAAAAUCUCAGGUCCGGAAAGUGUCCAGGAUUCAUCAAGGACCGAAUUUCUUCAGCAUUCCAAUCUAAGCUUGGAUGAGGAGCGUGCUAUUCGUAUAGCCAAACAAAAGGAAUUCCUUGCAAAGCUAGGACUUCAAGCCAUUGUUGACAAUAUCCGGUCGCCUCGCUCGCCUAUCAGACGACAGAGUACCCACUCAGCUCCAUUGGAGACUCGCAGAUCCACUAGGCUUACUGUCUUAUCAUCAAAGCUUAGCAAGCAACAAGUGAAGAUGCCGACCCAUGCUGCAGAAGCGGCUGUCGUCGAGGACACUGCUGCAGUGGUGGUGAAUCACGAUCCUGAGAUGCAUCUUAAAAUUUUCUCAGACCAACACAAAACUUGGGCGGAGAUGCACAACCUGGAUUUGAAGGCCGACGAGGGCCAGCUCCUUGCGGCCAUCCUCCAGUGGCCUGAGCAGUAUAAACUCUACUGUGGGAGUGAGGGCUCCUUUCAUCACUCCUUUGCAGUAUGUGGAAUUCUGGUGGCGAAUGGCAUGUAUGCCCCAGACUUUAACAACCCCAAGCUGCAGGCUAUCAACCACUUCACUGAGGACAUGAAGUCUGCCCUGCUGUCUGGGGGGCCUGCAAGCAAUGACUGCAGCAAGAGGACAAAACAUACCGCACAGGAGAUGGCGGGCUUGCU